UCGGGUAUUUCCUUCUCUAUAUCAUUUCAUUGUUUUCUCUCACUUUUAUAUUUGGGACAGAGAGGACAUCAGCUGCCAAAGAGUCACUGGGAGUGGACCAGGAAGUGUGACCUUGUUUUACUCCGUGCCCAGAAAAACUUAAGCCAGCUCCUCACCAUGUCUGCUCCUGGUUACCCAGACAGCCAGGCUCCCUACCCCAUGCCUCAUCCCGGCGGCCACUCUGUAGCCCCUUAUCCAGUUCCCCCAGGGGGAUAUGGAGACCCGAGCCAAGCGCCUCCACCAGGCUUCAACAUGGGCUACAAUCCAGGCCAACCUCCAGUCAUGUAUCAGCCAGGCCCAGUGCCGGAGUAUGGUGGCCCUCCAGGAGCCAUCUCCCCGGCUCCAGUAGGGGCUCCAGCUGCGGUUCCUGUCGGAGUCCCGCCAGGGCUUGAGUACCUCACACAGAUUGACCAGAUCCUGAUUCACCAGAAAGUGGAACUCCUAGAAGCAUUCAUCGGGUUUGAGACCAACAACCAGUACGAGAUAAAGAACAGUCUCGGCCAAAAGAUCUACAAGGCCAAAGAGAAAAACGACUGCUGCACCAGGAACUGCUGCGGCUCGCUGCGCAGCUUCGACAUGAAGAUCAAGGACAACAUGGACAGAGAGGUCAUCCGCCUCAUCAGACCUUUCCGCUGUGUCUCCUGCUGGUGUCCCUGCUGCCUGCAAGAGAUGGAGGUCCAGGCACCGCCCGGCACCACCAUAGGCUUCAUCAAACAGGACUGGCAUCCUUUCGUGCCGCGGUUCUCCAUCCAGGGAGCAAACAAGGAAACCGUGAUGAAGCUGGAAGGGCCCUGCUUUGCCUGCAACUGCUGUGGGGACGUCAACUUUGAGCUGAAGGGGAAAGAUAGCGACAAGCCCAUCGGUCGCAUCAGCAAGCAGUGGAGUGGUCUUCUGAAAGAAGUCUUCACUGACACGGACAACUUUGGCAUCCAGUUCCCACUGGACAUGGACGUGAAGAUGAAAGCUGUGCUCAUGGGAGCCUGCUUCCUCAUUGAUUUCAUGUUCUUCGAAAAGGUCGGGGAGGCCAACCAGCGCAGCACUGUGUUUUCAUAACAGGAAAAAAAGGAUGGGAAAACAACAGCAUGAGAGGAAGGACUUUCUCCAGUUAUGCAUACUUUGUUCAUUUACUUAGUUUUUCCAUUUGUUUUUUUUUUAAAUCCUUCCUUCACCAAAUUCCAGCUAAUAAGGUGCCAACACUUCGAUCCUUUUAUACACAAAUACGAACCAAUGUGAACUAAUGACCUCUUGAUACCAGGUGUCUGCCAAGAAUUUUUAAAAAAUCUAUCCAAACUCAGUGACUGACACUGACUGCCAUGUUGCCAGUACUCCUCACACUCCUCACAGUCUGUAGACAUUUUGUCUAUUUUUAAACAAGUACUCCAGCUGAGACUUAAUUUCUGCCAAAGAAAAUCAACCCUAUCCCUCUGUCUUUUUCAGUGCCUACAUAAAGAAAUAAGAAGAAAUAUCACCAUACAUAUUUGAAUAUGCUUUAUGCUACACUGGCAUUAACAUUUAAUAUUUAUGCUAUAUGUAUAUCGAUUACUAAUGUACUUGUACUCGUUCUUGUACUCAACAAAGAAACUACGAUAGAUGAAGUUUAAGCGCAUGACUUUCUGUGGAUGUGCCUAGAAGCUGAAUUCAUUGCCUUGUUGGUCCCACACUUUGGUCUAACAACCACUAUUGGUUGGAUUCAUUUUGUAUCAUCAUUCAUGUUCCCUAGAGGAUGAAUCCUAACAACUUUGGUCAUCCCUUCACUUUUCAUUAAGCGCCACCUUCAGGUCAGACGUUUAAUUUGCCCAUUACUUGGGUUUAUGACCAAAUACAUGCAAAACCAAUGAGACUCUCAUUAUCCUCAGUUGAACCUUUUGUCAAGUGAUAAUUAGCAAAUGUUAGUAUGCAAGCAAGCUGAACUAGCACUGUUAACACUGUAAAUACUACACCUGCUUAACACCAGCAUGUUAGCAUUGUCACUAUGAGCAUUUUAGCAUGCUAACGCAUUUAACGUAAAGCUGUGCGUUAGUACAGUAAACUUUUAAUCUUGUUAUACAUGAACACCAUAUAGGAACACAUAUAAUAUAGACUAAUGUAAAAGUGUAGAAUGUAGGAAACCUUGGCGUUAGCCACAGUUAACAGGCUGUUGUUGUUUAGCUAAUAGGGAAGUAGUUGUGAUAGUGAGAGGGAAGUUUAACAGCUUGUAGUCAAAGUUGUGAACACAAGCGUGCUGACAGUAUUUACCUAAGUGCUUUAUCUCUACCUCUCAGCUGCCUUUUUUCUUCCUCAAAGCCCUCCGUGUCUUCAAGCCUAUUGUACAUAAGACAACCAAACUCUGCAACAACCUCUGCUGCAGGAUUAAUCCUCUCAUGUCUCCUCUGUGCUUUAGUUGCAGCCAUGGAGACUGACGCCGAACCUUGCCCUCCAAUUUCUCUAGAUACCACUGUCUUGAACUAGUGCCAGUGUAAUGAUAGAAGAGAGAGACAAUGUGGGUUAAGGUCAAGUGGGAAGACAUUUCAAGUAAAAGGAAUUGAAUUGAAUAAAAAGCAGAAUUUGAGGAUGGUUAAAGUUGAUCCGCCCGGGGAAAACCCAACCAUUAAUGUCUCUGAGGAAUGUGAAUAUGAAGUCGUGAACUCUGUUUUCAGCUCAUUUGCAGGUUGAUGUUUGCAAAUGAUGCUUAUUUCUGUCUAAUGCACCUGUUUUUCUUAAUUUGAUAAUCAUUCUGGUUUUCAUCAUUCUUGAGAAACAACAUGGGUUUGCCCCCGAUGAGGUUUCUUUGCCACUCGUGCUCUCAAAUCCAGACUCUAGUAACUCCAGUAACUAAAUGUGUGUUAUUGCCUGUGUAUAUAUGUAUGCUGCCAUCAGCCUGUGUGCAGUCUGACAUCUGAUAAGGAAAGUGAAAGAAGUAGUAGGAUGUACAGUACAUUUAGGUAUUUGUUUAUUGGGUGAUGCUAAUCUGCAGAAUCUGCUUUUUUGAUGUCACUUACAUCUGCAGCUGUUCACAUCUGUUUCCUAUGUUUCUUGCAAAACAAUUUUGUAUCAUUUUCCGGUAACUCUGGUGUUGUAUGUUUGUUAAAUACAUUUUUUUACAGAAACCAAAAAAAAACUGUAGUUCAAUCGGUAAAACAGAAACAAUAUUAAGCCAUUGUGAGAGUGUUGUGUUCCUUUGCUCUGGUGACUGUCCAGGAAAUUCUGGGGAAGGCCCACAUCUGGUUGUAAUUGGAAAAAAUGAUUGUUGCUUCAGAGGGAAAUACAGUCUCUAAUUCUCA